AGAUAAUGGAGCACAGCUUUAGCAUUGUCUGGUGCGUAGCUGUUGAAUAUUCAAAAUGAAGGUUGUGAGUGUUGUUCUUCUCUCAAUUUUGGCGUUAGCCAACGCGGGACCUACGUUACAAAAUAUACAUUUUGCUGAUAGCUUCCAGCAAAGUUUAAGUCCUCAAGAAUACCACGUGAAGCUUGCAGCUCCAGACACUGAACUGUCAGUGGAGGACCAUGUCGUGGAGUACUUCAACUCGCUGGACCGCCAAGAACGCAGCUUCAUCGGCGACGUCAUCAAAAACGCCCUCGAGGGCUUCAGGGAUGUGGUGAUCAAUGGCAACGACGACGUCCCCGUCUUGGACCCCUUCGUAAUCGACCAUAUGGGACCUUUCCUAUUCACUGCGACCGGAGUCCGCGGUGAGGCAAACAUCCGUAACUUCAGAGUGGAGGGUCUCAGAUGGUUCUUGGUGGACCACGUCACCUUCAACGCUCUCCGCCUGACCUUGGGUCUUCAAGUUACUGUCCCAUGGAUUACAACCACCGGUAAGUCUACUUAGUCAUAACAAUCAUACU